GCGGCCGCGGAGUCUACCCUGGGGAGUGGGCGGCUGCCGCUUUGCUCUGAGGCCCGGGCUGUCAAAAGAGAGAGAAUCCCGGCGGGACCCAACACAGGCCAGCGCCUAAAUUAGGGCCAACGUCCCAAUUAAGCGCUGUGUGCUAGCUGCUUUUCCUGCUCUCUCUCCUGGAGGCGAUUCCUUGAGCCGGAGAUGGCAGCCACCCUGCUCAUGGCUGGGUCCCAGGCACCUGUGACAUUUGAAGAUAUGGCCAUGUAUCUCACGCGGGAGGAAUGGAGACCUCUGGACCCUACACAAAGGGACCUUUACAGGGAUGUUAUGCAGGAGAAUUAUGGAAAUGUUGUCUCAUUAGAUUUUGAGAUCAGGAGUGAGAAUGAGGUGAAUCCAAAGCAAGAGAUUAGUGAAGAUGUAGAAUUUGGAACUGCAUCUGAAAGACCUGAUGGGAAUACUGAGGAAAAUCAUGAAAGUGAAGAGGCCUUUGAAAGCAGGGAUAGGUCAGAAAGACAGUGGGGAGAUUUAACAGCAGACGAGUGGGUAAGCUAUCCUCUCCAACAAGUCACGGAUCUGCUUGUCCACAAAGAAGUUCACGCAGGCAUCCGAUAUCAUAUAUGUUCCCACUGUGGAAAGGCCUUCAGUCAGAUCUCAGACCUUAAUCGACAUCAGAAAACCCACACUGGAGACAGACCCUAUAAGUGUUAUGAAUGUGGAAAGGGCUUCAGUCGGAGCUCACAUCUUAUUCAGCAUCAAAGAACACACACUGGGGAGAGGCCCUAUGACUGUAAUGAGUGUGGGAAAAGUUUUGGAAGAAGCUCUCACCUCAUCCAGCAUCAGACAAUCCACACUGGAGAAAAGCCCCACAAAUGUAAUGAGUGUGGGAAAAGUUUCUGCCGCCUCUCUCACCUAAUCCAGCACCAAAGGACCCACAGUGGGGAGAAACCCUAUGAGUGUGAGGAGUGUGGGAAAAGCUUCAGCCGGAGCUCUCACCUAGCUCAGCACCAGAGGACCCACACAGGCGAGAAGCCUUACGAGUGUAAUGAAUGCGGGCGAGGCUUCAGUGAGAGAUCUGAUCUCAUCAAACACUAUAGAGUCCACACGGGAGAGACCUACAAGUGUGAUGAGUGUGGGAAGAAUUUCAGUCAGAACUCCGACCUUGUGCGCCAUCGGAGAGCCCACACGGGAGAAAAGCCGUACCACUGUAAUGAAUGUGGGGAGAAUUUCAGCCGCAUCUCACACUUAGUUCAACACCAGAGAACCCACACUGGGGAAAAGCCAUACGAAUGUAACGCUUGUGGGAAAAGCUUCAGCAGGAGCUCUCAUCUCAUCACACACCAGAAGAUUCACACUGGAGAGAAGCCCUACGAGUGCAAUGAAUGUUGGCGCAGCUUCGGUGAAAGGUCAGAUCUAAUUAAACACCAGAGAACCCACACAGGAGAGAAGCCUUAUGAGUGUGUGCAGUGUGGAAAAGGUUUCACCCAGAGCUCCAACCUCAUCACACAUCAAAGAGUUCAUACGGGAGAGAAGCCUUAUGAAUGUACUGAAUGCGAGAAGAGUUUCAGCCGUAGCUCAGCUCUUAUUAAACAUAAGAGAGUUCAUACUGACUAAAUCCUGUAAUUAUGACUGAGAAACGGUUCAUUUGAAGGUACAAUUUGUUUGAUAUCAAAGAACUAGCUCUCUUAAGACUGAGCUUCUGAUACAGUACCAAAUUUCCUUGUGGGCCACAGUUUAAAAACAUCAAAGACAAGCCAUUUGAAAUUCUGACCCACAGCUUUGGGAAUGUUAUCCCCUUCCCAAAAUAGUGAUUUUUAUUCUCUCCAUAUGAAUGAGUUACUUCAUCAAAAUCAGCCCCAAAAGUAACUGGAAAUCUGGAGACUAGGGGAUAAAUGCUGGUAAAUGCUCAGGCCUGGAAAUGGAGUAAAUCUUUAAAAGUUAUUUCUUCUAUCUUUGGCCCAAAAACUACUAGGGGAAAUGUUGGACUGUAAUAGGGUGGUCACAACUGCUUUGGAAAAAGACAACCAGAGACUUUACCUGAAUUUCCACACUUAAUCACUCACCAUAGUAGUUGGGCACGCACACCUUCCCCUUCAGAGGGCUUUUUCCUUGAGUUGCUCAUGCAUUUGUUAUCUUCUGACUUCCUGAGAUUCUGCACAUGAAGGCAGUGAUCAUAAUUUUUCUCCUCAUUGUUUCUAAUUAACUUUUUUAAAGCUUGCAUCUUUCUGAAAGCUAACUGAAGAUACAGAUUGAAAGGAAAAAUGAAACACAGGUUUGGGGACCAAGGACUUAAUCAGUGGUAGUGACUUCAGCAAGUGAUGCCCACUGUUGUUAUUGCCAUUAAUCAGAAUUUAUCAAUUUUGUUUGGAGAAUCACUUUAGGGAACGUUGGGUAGGACCAUAAGUGAUGUGAAGUGUAAGGAGCAAGUAGAAUUGAUGACUUCAGGGAAGGAAGCACAGAGUGCCUUCCCAAGGAACACAGGUCAUUUUGUGUUCAUUCACAGGUCAUUUCUGUAUUCUUUCUCCUUUACCCUUUAAGAUCAAUUCUCCCUAUACUGCUAACUCUAGGAUUUGAUAAGGGCCGCAUCCCAUUGUUUCUCUUAGCUUGCAUAAGGGCAUGUGUAUGUACAGUAAAAUGUAUUCCUAUGGUUUUUCCAAUAGCAGAAACUGAAUUCACACAGAAUUAGCAUGUUCUUGGGUGAUGUUGAUCGUAUGAAAGAACUACAGACAUACUCUAGUAUGAGGAAUGUCCUUUUCAUUCUUUAUGAAAAAAUUGAAACACUAGUGCUCUAGUGUGCACUCUUCUGUAAAAUCUGUCUUUGGACAGGACUAAGCAUUUGUUUAUAUGUAUCAGUCAAUUGUGGGAGGUAAUGACUGGACAAAUAGGUGGAUUGUCCUAUUCUCAGACUGAAUAACUUCUCUUUGGGCUGAUCACAAGGAAUUAAUAAACUUAGCUAGGAAUGUAUUUUCAUCCUCUCAGCCUACAGAUAUGAGUGGUUAAAAUAAGAGUUGACCCAGUGUAAGCCCAGUAGUGUCGGUUCUCUUUAUCUCAGCCUGAAUAGGAACUAGAAAUAUCCCAAAUGUUGUGCUUAUUUAAGCAUUUGGGGGUGGGAGUGGGAGUGGGAGUGGGAGGGAAUUGAUGCCCAGGAAAUGGGACUGAAGUAAGGAACACUUUUUUCGUUGUUUUGAGCGUGCCCCAAGUUAUUUCUACUGUGCUUUAUUGUGAGUGUUGUAACAUUUGAAAAUACUUUUGCCAUAGCUCUUGGGACUUGGUAUAAAAAGAGCCAGUGGUCUUCUCUUGAGUAGUGUACUGUAGUGAGUUUUGAUCCACAACUGUGUGGGACUGCAUCCCUUGCAAAUAACAGAACCUCGAAAGUAACAAAAUGAAAAACGACUCCACCAAGGAGCCUUCUUUCUGUUGCACUCCUAUUUAAGUAUGAACUUGGGCAGGGAGCAUGUUUUUUUGUUUAUACGAAAUCUAGCAGGCUGUGGGUAUUCAUAUUUAAUUGUUGAAUGACUUACACAUUUUUGAUGACUAAACUCAAAUAUGUCUUUUCCCGUAUCAGUGUUGCUGUUGGUUUUAAUAAAUAUCAAAGUUCUCCUUUUGUUUCUGUGAGCCACUACGGGCAUCAGCUUUGGAGUGGCCAUAGAAGACAGAAUCUCCAUGACCUAACUGUAUUUCACCCCCUUUUCCUUCCCUACUCGCCUGCCCCACUCCAACCUGUUCCUGGUGCUGCUUUGGCUUGUGAGUGCCCCAGCCAUCUCUGCAUAUGUGCACUCCAGCUGGGAAGUUAAAAGGGCAAGGGCCAGACCAGCUCUGUCUCGUCUGUUUCUGCCAGUUGCAGCCCAUUUGCUAUGUUGAACUUUGCCUAGAAGUUAUGCAUUGGACUCCCUUUGCUAAUGCUUUUUGCAUGCCUUCUGCUCCCAAGACUCUGGCUGCUUCUGCACAUACCCUGAACACUUUGUGCCUGUUUUCUAUGAUUGUGGAGAGUGAAUGAAUAAGUAAGUAUGUAGAGCAGUUUUCCUUAUGGUAUUGAUCACAGUUAUCCUAGUGUCUAUCUACAUCUGUAUUAUUCUAACAAUAUUCUAUAAUUAAAAGUAUAAUUUUUAAAAUCAAAAAACUGAGAAUUAUUUUAGUAAUCCAGCACCAGUUCACAAAAUGG